AUGGCAAGAAAUUUGGUGUUCAUACUGGCUUUGACAAGCCUAUGCAUUGGCUUAGCGGCUGCAGAUUGGAAUAUUUUGAACAAAAAAUUGAAAAAUGGGGCUGCCUCUAGAUUGAAGAAUUACUGUGAGAGUUGGAGGAUCAAUGUAGAGCUAAACAAUAUCAAGGAGUUUGAGGUGGUGCCACAAGAAUGUGUAGAUUACAUCAAACAUUACAUGACAUCGUCUCAGUACAGAGCAGAUUCCGAGAGAGCCAUCGAGGAAGUCAGGCUUUACCUGAGCAGUUGCUGUACUUUGGAAGGUGAUGGUAAAGAUGCUUGGAUUUUUGAUGUUGAUGACACUCUUUUGUCCACCAUUCCUUACUUCAAGAAACAUGGUUUUGGGGGAGAGAAGCUUAAUGCAACCUUAUUGGAAUCAUGGAUGGAACAAAGCAAAGCACCAGCUCUAGCCCAUACGCUCAAGCUCUUCCAUGAGAUCAGAGACAAAGGGGUCAAAAUCUUUCUUAUUUCCUCCAGAAUUGAGACCCUUAGAUCAGCCACUGUCGAUAAUCUUAUCAAUGUUGGAUAUCAUGGAUGGUCUAGUCUCAUUUUAAGGGGUCUUGAAGAUGAUUUCAUGAAAGUGCAACAAUACAAAUCCGAGGCAAGGAAAAGAUUGACGAAAGAAGGUUACCGCAUCUGGGGAAUCAUAGGAGAUCAGUGGAGCAGCGUGGAGGGACUUCCUGCUGCAAAAAGAACAUUCAAGUUGCCAAAUUCCAUUUACUACCUUUCCUAA